UUUAAUUGAUUACUUUAGUGUUAACAAGGCUGUACUAACAGAACCUCAGUCAUUUGCAGUGCAUAAUGGUCGCCAUAUACGCCCUUGCCACUCUUUUGAUCAUUUCACAUUGCGAAGGCAAAAGUGAAUUGAUGGAAUGUAUUCGCGGAGAGCAAGCAGUAUGUGGUAAUGAUGGUAUAACGUACUCUAACAUGUGCGACUUAGAAAUUGUACGAUUAGUUCGUACAAACCUGACCGUAGUCCAUGAAGGUCCAUGUAACUCUUUGAUCAAAACUUUAAUAAGAGCACUACAAAUGCAACAACCAAGAAAAAAUAUAAAUAGUCUUCGUAUACGUCCAUGGGGGUAA